CUUAGCUGUCCAGGAGUCUCAUCUCAUCUCUCUCUGUCUCUCUCUGUUUCCCCUUCUUGCCCUGAGGAGGAACAAUGGCUCAAAAAUCAGUCAGAGUCUCUAAGAAUUUUAGCACCUCUUCAGCUGUUAUCCCAGGUGGCCGAACUAGCUUCAGCACGGUUUCGGUCUCCCGGGGAGGUGGUGCAGGAUUUGGACGUGCCAGUGGUGCCAUUGGUAGCAGAAGCCUCCAUGGCUUUGGAGCAAGUAGAAUAAUCUCCAUGGGUGGCUACCGUACUAUUUCCAGAUCUGGAUAUGGUUAUGGAUUAGGUCAUGGAGGAGUUGCGUACCGGAUUGGUGGUGGUGGCGGCUAUGGCUAUGGAGCGGGCGCUGGGGGCAUCCAUGAGGUUACCGUCAACCCAAACCUCCUGGCGCCUCUGAACUUGGAGAUUGACCCCACCAUCCAGAAGGUGAGGAAGGAAGAGAAGGAGCAGAUCAAGACACUCAACAACAAAUUUGCCUCCUUCAUUGAUAAGGUCCGUUUCCUGGAGCAACAGAACCAAGUGCUAGAGACCAAAUGGAGCCUCUUGCAGGAGCAAAUGGUCAUCCGGCUUAACCUUGAAGAAUUAUUUGAGUCAUACAUCAGUAAUCUAAGAAAAGAGCGGGAUAAUAUUAUGGGACAGAGACCACAAUUAGACACGGAUCUGAAGAACAUGCAGGAUACUGUAGACGACUUCAGGAUGAGGCUUGCUGAAGAGGGAGUUGGCGCCAUAAAUAUCCCUGUGUUCCAUUCAUCUGGAGGCAUGAGCUACGGUGGUGGAAGUGCCAUGGGCCUUGCAGGUGGCGUUGGCCUUGGCUACUGAGGAGGCCUCAGCAUUGGCUACGGAGGAGGCCUCAGCAUUGUAAUCAAACUACCACAACACUUGUGACUUUUGUGUUUAUGUUGAAUCUUUCCAAUUU